AGGUAUAAAUACCAACCAGAAACCGACCCCUUUCCGUGAAAGCAUAUCAAUUCCGGAUCAAAUGAAUACGAGCAUGGCCAGUAUUCCAGAAAACACGAGCGCACACACGCCGAAUCCUCGGCCGAAGAGACCGUUAAACCAUGGCUCUGGUCUGUCUAUGAGCACAAGUCUUGGCAACCGCAGCAGUUCAGAUCGAUUAGACAGUGACAUACCCUCGUCACGCUCAGUGUUCUCACUGUUCCACCCCUCCAGCCCCACCACCGCUCGAUCCUUAGCACCCAGCAUGACCUCUGGGCCGUGGCAAGGCGUACACAGAGCCAGUGUCAAGGCCGGGCACGAGAUUAUACAGGUAGUACGUGUUAGUAUACUACCCCUCUUUUUCGAGAGUGAGACCUUCACGGAUUUCAAACACGACUUAGAAGCCAAGAACGCCGAAGUGCGAGCGUUGAGCGAGGCCGGUUUAUUAGGCGAAAGCAUGCACACGUCCAGACAUGCAUCGCUCAGUGAUUCGCCUAUACAGCUAUGAAUAUUAAAUUAAAGCGAACUUAGAAUACGUACGGGGGCAGUUUAGAAUGUCUGCAAUUGAGUAUUAAAUUAAACCAAACUUAGAAUACGAACGGGUCCAGAUG